AUGACCAACUCCUGCUGCUCCCCUUGCUGCCAGCCCACCUGCUGCAGGACCACCUGCUGCAGGACCACCUGCUGGAGACCUAGCUGUGUGAGCAGCUGCUGCCAGCCCUGCUGCUGUGUGUCUAGCUGCUGCCAGCCCUGUUGCCAGCCCUGCUGCUGCAAGCCCUGUUGUCAGCCCUGCUGCUGCAAGCCCUGCUGCUGUAAGCCCUGUUGCCAGCCCUGCUGCUGCAAGCCCUGUUGCUGCAAGCCCUGCUGCUGUAAGCCCUGUUGCCAGCCCUGCUGCUGCAAGCCCUGUUGCAAGCCCUGCUGUCAGUCCUGCUGCUGCAAGCCCUGCUGCUGCCAGCCCUGCUGUAAGCCCUGUUGCCAGCCCUGCUGCUGCAAGCCCUGUUGUCAGCCCUGCUGCUGCAAGCCCUGUUGCCAGCCCUGUUGCAAGCCCUGCUGUCAGUCCUGCUGCUGCAAGCCCUGCUGCUGCCAGCCCUGCUGUAAGCCCUGUUGCCAGCCCUGCUGCUGCAAGCCCUGUUGUCAGCCCUGCUGCUGCAAGCCCUGUUGCCAGCCCUGUUGCAAGCCCUGCUGUCAGCCCUGCUGCUGCAAGCCCUGUUGCCAGCCCUGUUGCAAGCCCUGCUGCUGUAAGCCCUGUUGUCAGCCCUGUUGCUGCAAGCCCUGCUGCUGCAAGCCCUGCUGCCAGCCCUGUUGCCAGCCCUGCUGCUGCAAGCCCUGCUGCCAGCCCUGUUGCCAGCCCUGCUGCUGCAAGCCCUGUUGUCAGCCCUGCUGCUGCAAGCCCUGCUGCUGCAAGCCCUGCUGCCAGCCCUGUUGCAAACCCUGCUGCUGCCAGCCCUGCUGCUGCAAGCCCUGUUGUCAGCCCUGCUGCUGCAAGCCCUGUUGUCAGCCCUGCUGCUGCAAGCCCUGUUGCCAGCUCUGCUGCUGCAAGCCCUGCUGUCAGCCCUGUUGUCAGCCCUGCUGCUGCAAGCCCUGCUGCAAGCCCUGUUGCCAACCCUGCUGCUGCAAGCCCUGCUGCUGCAAGCCCUGCUGUGAGCCCUUCUGCCUCAACCUGUGCUGCCAGCCAGCUUGCUCUGGACCUGUGACCUGCACCAAGACUUGGUACCAGCCCACAUGUGUCUGUGUGCCUGGCUGCCUGUCCCAAGGCUGUGGGUCUAGCUGCUGUGAGCCCUGUGGCUGUUGA